AUGCUGCAGCUGUGCAUCGGACGCGGCAAGCAUCGCCUCUGCCGCCGCCGCGCGGUCGCGCCACUCGUUGAUCUGCGCGUCCCUGUCGGCGAUCUCCUUACGGAACGCCGCCGCGUCGUUGAUGAGGCCGAAGGACACAAGCGUUGGCUGCUUCAGCUUCCGCUCCGUGUGCGACCCACCACCACCACUGCUGCUGCUACCGCAGCCUCCCCCGGGGCCGCUCUGCGCCGGCACGUAUACACAAUCAUCAUCACCACUAGCGUUGUUACUGUUACUGCCGUUGGGGUUGUUAUGGUUAUGGUCUUCCUCCCCUUGUGCGACGGGGUCACCAGCCUGCGUUGA